UCGACGACUUGACAAACCACUAAGUUCUCUCCCCUUCGGCCUCAUACACUGAUAAACCAGACCCACCGAUACACAAGGCACUCUUAAAUACAUCAUCAGAACUCUGUCAGCUUUUGGGAUUAUUACAUUCAACAACCACAGUGUGCUUGCGCCUAUUCCCAGCCAACUUGCGCCCCUCUCCCCACCGCCCUUGCCGCCUAACAAGACCCCGCCGUCAGCCUCGAGUCCGCACAGGGUCUUGUCUCAUAGCAUCUCGAGUUUAGGAGCUCGCAUACGGACACCCCAAAUCCUCUGCCGCGCCGUUUUUUGGAAGACAAUCGUCUCUGGGCAGAGCUUCGGUGCAGAUCUUCUGCUUUCAGGGUCCUGGCAGUGCGCCGAGAAUGGCUCUACCAAAGAGAAUCGUCAAGGAGACAGAACGGCUCAUGGCCGAGCCUGUCCCUGGAAUCAGCGCUAUUCCACAUGAAGACAAUCUCCGCUACUUCGAUGUGGAGAUCCACGGUCCCUCGCAGUCGCCCUACGAAGGUGGCGUGUUCAAACUUGAACUCUUUCUCCCCGACGACUACCCGAUGACCCCCCCAAAGAUCCGAUUCCUUACCAAGAUCUUCCACCCGAACGUCGACAAGCUUGGCCGGAUCUGCUUGGAUGUGCUCAAGAAUAACUGGUCCCCGGCACUGCAAAUCCGUACAAUUCUGCUGUCCAUCCAGGCUCUUCUUGGGGCCCCCAACCCCGAUGAUCCGUUGGCCCCGGACGUGGCCAAGAGCUGGAAGGAGGACGAGCAGGCCGCCAUCGCGACGGCAAGAGAAUGGACACAGAAGUAUGCUGUCCCAAAGUAGGAGGCUGGAGGAUUGCUUAUGUCGUUGCCUCUUUGGGCUGGCGACAUAAGGUUCCUGUGGAUGGGUUUGAAGGAUAGCAAAUGCAACUGGGGGUCAGUCUAGCAUGACGAUGUUAGGCUAGGCAGGUAGGAUACAUAGCCUUCCAGCAGAAAGCAUGGGGUGCUCAGUUCGAGACGGGAGUUAUGAGUUAUGGACUAACCACGACGUGUUUGAGCCUUAUUGUUCCUGAAGUGUCAACUGGGAGUUUCAAAAUCAAAAGGAGAAACUAUUGUCUUUGGCUGCGGCAUGCCAAGACCAAAUUCACAAGCCAGGCCCACGCAACUAGGCUGUUGAUUGGCAAUUUUUAGUGGCCCUCCAUGUGAGGCAGAUACAAAACUGGCUCAACACGCGUAUCAAUGAGUGUAGCACCCUAUCUAGGUUCGU